AUGCACACGAACUCUGCCGCACCCAACCCGCUGGCGUCUGUUGAGGCCUUUUCGACGGCUGCCGGGGUGCCCUCGUCCGCGGCACAACUGGGACCGGCAUCCACUCUGGUGUACUCGCCCUUUCGUUACCACAAGCAGUUGCCUUCUGCGGACUGGAGGACGGCGCCGCCUAUCGCGGAGGGCGCAGGAAGUUCGUCAGCCGAUUCACAUGAUCCUUUCCAGCGACCGCCGCGCCCCUCUGCACGAAUCACCGUGGCUUCGGCACCGCGAGCCCAGGGCCCGGAGGCAGCUUCGAUCUCAGGCAACGCGUCCCAGACCACCCGGACCGAGGGCACCGCGAACGCCUCUCGCCAGGGCAGCACAAGUCAAGGCAGCUCCGAAGGCGCUGGACGCGAAAACCGGAUGAUGGGCCGAGCCCAUCCCGCGUCAGCCGCGCCGCCCUCCAGCGGGGCGGACGGCGCGGCCUCGAAGCCUUCCCGCCCUCGCCCUCGUCGAACGGCUGCAGCUGCGGCAGACGCCGCGAUUUCGCGGCUUUUCGCCCCGGCCGCGGUGAACGCGCCGCGAGACCCAGCCGGACGGUUUUUCAGUGUAGCGGGGCGAGCCCCGCGGGCACAGCCCUCCGCCGCGGCCAGAGAAAGCAGAACGCCACGGCAGCUUGUGGGGGUGGACUCCGCCAAGCGCGCGCGGCAGGAGUCGCGGAACGAGCGCUGCAAGAAGCAGCGGGCAGCUGCGUGCGCAAGUGCAGACGCUGCGCGUCUAGCCCAGAGUGCGGAGACAGACUCGUCCACCGAGGGGGGACAUUCCAGCGUGGAGCAGUCCUCCGCGGCGGCUCCCCCCCCCCCUGCCGAGACCGCAGACGUCCCCAGCGCUCCAGCAGCGGCAGCCGCAGGCGCAGCAGUCCCACCAGCUGCCAAGGGCCCAGAGCAACUCCCCCCGCCGGCACCUUCCGCGCAGGCAAAUCUCACCCGAGACUCACCACAUGAGAAAGGCGUAGAGCACGCACCCGCGCCGGCAUCCUCUGCGCAGGCAAAUUCUACCCAAGAGGCUCCCUCGAAGCCAGUUGAGACCCCGGCGCCGCAGAAUCCCGGACAGGGCGUCACGGAAGCCCCGUGUGAGGCGCCGCCGGCGGGCACGCCAGGCCAUGCUCCCGAGAGACCUGCCUCAGGCGGAAUGGAUCGUCUCGUAGAGGCGCUGACUGGUGUUGCAGCGGCUCUUCGAGAGGUGGAUUCUUCAGGGAGCUCGUUGACCGCGACCGCGCCGAACAGGCUCCCCAGUUUCUGGGGUAUCUUCUGCAUGGGCUGGGGGCAGCCGCCGGCGGGGUUCCCCGGUCCCUUCCUGGCGUCGCCUGCCUACGGAGGAGUCGCUGCUGCCUGCCCGCCGCCGGUCGACUAUUCGGCCGCGAGGGCUUCAGUCCACCCGGGCGGCUCCCCCGCGCAUGUCUCAGCUGUGCGCGGAGAUGGGCCUCCUGCGCCGCCACCUUCAGCUGCCGCUGCUGCCCCUGUCCGGGCUUGCCCGAUGCCGUAUGUGCAGGCGCCGGCGCUGCCUAGCGUCCUCGCGCCGAGCAUGUGCCAGCCUGCAGGACUGGCGCCCUUGGGCCCGGAGCCCUACGCGCCCGCAGUCUCACUGGGGCCGAGCGUGUGGAGCGCGGGGCAUCCGCCUGCGACAGGGAUUCAUCCGCCAGAGUCGAACCACCCUAACCAUCCGCCUGCGACAGGGAUUCAUCCGCCAGAGACGAACCACCCUAACCAUCCGCCUGCGACAGGGAUUCAUCCGCCAGAGUCGAACCACAGAGGCGGAAAGAGAACUGCGCACGACAUGGGAGCGGGCGAACCCUCGCGCGGCCGGCGAUUCGCUGAAGAGGACAUCCGUCUGCUACCGCAGACCCCGCGACUCUGA